UAUAAUUUAGGAAGUUGUGUUUCAGCACAGUAUUGCUGGCCAAUUUUACAUUAAGCUUUAUAAGACUCCUCAUGUUGCCGCCAUUAUUUACGUGUAAAAAUACUGUCAUAUAUCAAGUCUUUACAACUUAUCUGAUAACGUGAAUUGGUCGAGCGAUGUGCAAUUUUUAAAAUUUUUUAAAUUGCUCAACCAAUUCACGUUAAAUAAAUUGUAAGACUUGAUAUAUAAUAGUAUAAAGGAAAGGAUUUAUAGCAUUUAUACACGGAAAUAAUGGCGGCGACAAUGAGGAGUCUUAUGAGGCUCAAUGUAAAACUGGCCAGCAAUACUUGUCUGAAAUACAAUUUCCUAAAUUCAUGUAGAUUCAUAUAUUCUGAAGAAAGUCUGGGUCUACUAGGCUAUAAAAAUGCAUGUUUAAACUUCCGCAAUCAAUUUUUAAAUAUGGAGAAUACAUUCCGUACUAAGAUGCAGGAGGUAUGCAACUCAGAGUCAGGUCAAAUUUUCACAGAAGACCUGAAGUCCAUGUUGUACUUAGCACAGAAAAAGCCCGAAGAUAUUGAAUUGCUUGUCAGGAUGAUAGCAAAGUUUAAUAGUCAAAACAAAAAACUGAGAUUUAAUAUUUUUAUCAUUGGUCCUCUGAUAAUGCGUACUUUUUACUAUCUUGAUGAACCAGAUCUUGCGUUUACUACUUUCAAACAUUUCCAGUUUGAAAAUUUCUUCAAUCAAAUAAUUAGUUAUCAGAUUUUCUUAUCUCUGCUAUAUAAACAUGGAAAAUACACAGAAAUGAGAGAUGUGUUCGAUAUAAUUAAAAUUAAAAUUCUAGAUUUUGAUAGAUAUCCAGGGAAUACUUUGAUAUUAGUUAUGGCUGCUUGUUACAAAGAGAAUACACCAGAAACAUUGGAAUAUGCUCUAAAUCUCUGGAACGAAAUAAACGCCAAAGGAUUUACAUUUCAGCGUAGAGCCAGCACAUUUUUAGCAGCUCUAGCCAUUAAUCAAGAUUCAUCUCACAUAGCUAUAGAAAUUCUAACUUCAAUAAAAGAAGUCCGAUAUAUUGAUAUAAGAUGUUUGAAAGUUAUGGCAUUUAAAAACUUGAAGAGAUUCACUGCGAUAGUUCCUAUUUUCAAAAAAUCAUUAGACUUUGAUAAGCUAAAUGUUCGGAAAGAAAAAUAUUUCAGAGAUGUAAUUGAAAAGUUGGAGGAGUCUAUGGCGAAGGAGAAUAUUCCUGCAGACUUUGAGCUUUAUAAGUUGAUUACUCUGUUGAAGGACAACGAUCAUAUCUUAUCUGAUACCUUGGAAGAUCAUCUCGUCUCUGAAAUAACAGUUAAUCCAAUAAAACGUACUCAACGGGGGUUGAAUGCUUUUCAAUCUAAUGUUUCACAACGACCGCAAUCAUUCUCGCGUAAUAGACUAGUAUAUUGUCCAAUCUUUUGUAAAUAUGCUCCAAAAUUGUAAAAUGUGUUUCGUGUAACCCAAUAAUUGUUAAUUUAGGUAAACUUAAGAUUAAAACACUGAAUAAAUAAAUAAUUUAUAUUGAUUGAUGAUGAACUAAA